AGUCUAUGAUGAGGAUAGAUGGUGAGUUGGUAGCAAGUAGAAAGGAAACUCGCAAGAUGGUGGACGAUUGUUUAGAGUUGCUCAAAAGUGAGGCCAAAGUGGAGAAUCCGUUAAAGUUCGUUCACGAAGCUUUUUUUAGAAUCACGCCUCCGCUUGGAACCAAAGACUUCAAAGUCAAAAAGAAGUUCAUACCUAUACCUGCCACGUUAACUGAAACACAACAGUGGACUAAGGCAGCAGAUUUUAUUUGGGAAGCUACUAGGAAUAGGUUGGAGGAGUCAACAACCGAACGACUCGCUAGAGAGAUUAUGGACCUUCAUAACAAUGAAGGACUUGCCAAAAUCUUGUACGAUGAGUGGAUGGAAGAGGCAGAGGAGAGCAAAAAGCAUUUGUACUUGCGUUGCCGUGCCAAAAGGAAAUAUGCGAUCUUUUGAGGUGCAAGCAAUAGAAGAAAAUGAUCUUCAAUUGUAGCUCUCCUAGUGUUAUGGAUAUUGUACAGUCGAUAACAACAAAUAUGGAUUACUUUUCUAUUUCAUCGAUCGCUUUCUGGAUAGCUUCCAAGUCCAGGUGCCAGUUCCUCUCAAUGCCUUCUAGAUGAGCCUAUCUC